CACUUCUGUUCUCAGGACAAUUAAAUCUAAUGUAACUCCGCGCAACGUCAGAUUUGCCGGUGACAGUCAGAGAGAAAGCAACGCGAACACGUCUGGAUUUAAUCUUUCAAAAGGAAAGCUAUUACAUUUCGUGCUGGAUUUUACGUGCAACAUGACUUUUGAAGACAUUAGUGAAGUUUACUCGAUUGAAAGGAUGGAUUCAGUAUCUAAAGCUCUAGAAGAGGUCCUGCGCUAUGCAUUGCCGCAGGGGGGUAUUACAGUUGGGGUCUACGAGGCUGCAAAGUCACUCAAUGUGGACCCUGACAACGUGGUGUUAUGCAUCCUGGCCACUGAUGAUGAUAAUGAGGUAAAGGACGUGGCUCUUCAAAUUCACUUCACUCUCAUUCAGGCUUUCUGCUGCGAGAAUGACAUCAACAUACUACGGGUGAACAACACGCGCCGCCUCGCGCACAUCCUAGGUGGCGUCGGCAUGCACGGGAGUGAACAAAUGGAUCUCCACUGCAUCCUGGUAAAUGUUCCACAUGCAGCCACACGGAAAAACCCAGCUCUGGGUAAAGUGAACCGCUUCUGCAGAGAGAGUCGCUGCAUGGAUCAGUGGGUGCCCUUUAUUAACCUUCCCGAACGAUGAGGAUUACCUAAACCAAGAGCCAAAAACAUGGAUAAAAAUAUCUAAACAAAAAGAUCAUAAAAGCGGUCACAGAAAGGACAGAUAGUCGACACCUGUGGAACUGGGAACUUACCUUCAGAAUGAAGUGGAGGAGGAACACAUUUAUGCAAUCUGAAAUGAUUCAGCAGUUCUUGGCUUUGUGGGACAUUUUAAGGAUGUCAGAGGCUAAUAGUGAAUGGAAGUGAGCACUUGCGUAUCUUGUGAGAUUUAUUGGUGGGUGGCAUAAAGCACAUCAGUUAUUUAAGUGGUGACAAAACAUUUUGUUCUUUUGAAAACCGGCUGCCUUGGUUUUAUAUCUACCUUUGCCAUCACUUUAAAUAUUAUCCUUACUUGUUUAUUAAUGUUGGAAAAUAAAUUAUUUAAAGGGAUUUGUUUCUGAACUACUGAGAUAGAACAAUGUAUUCACAGUAUCUUGUGAGAAUAGUUUUUACACACAAAUAAAUUGUUCCUUUGUGUUAAAUUAUUAUUAAAAAUAUUUAUGUGAAAACUUUUAUACUAUUACAUGCAAACGUGAAGACAGCGAUGUAUUGUGUGCUGUAAUAAAGGUCUACUGAACAUGA